AUGGCCCACGCCCCGGCAAAGGCCCACGCCGCCCUCUCCAAGGCCAGGCUCGCCCGACGCGCCUGUUCAUCCACCUCGGCCCUGUGGACCUUCCCCUCGGCCGGCAGCACCACCCCCGUGUACGAGGACUUUGAGCUCACGUGGGACCCGACCUGCGUCGCCGUCACCUCGGCCACCGUCGACCUGUACCUGAGCGUCGUCGAGUCGACCGGCCUCACCGCCGUCCACAAGUGGGAGGACGUGCCCUACUCGCCCGGCUCGCUCGACACCCAGUUCAAGCCCUCGUGGUGGAACGCGAGCACCGGUGCAGGUUCCGUCUCGGCCCAGUUCUCGCUCGUGCCGUCGGGUCAGCCUAGCUGGAACACGCCGGCGCCGGCAGGGCCCCUCUUCACCAUCUCGUACAACGGAACCUACCCUUCUGUCACGUCGACCGGCGACCAGACGACCUACACGGGCCCGUCGGUCGAGUCGGUCUCGGACACCAAGUCGCGCUCGUCGGCCCCGUCGGGCGGCAAGCUCGCGGCGGCCGUCCUCGUCCCGAUCCUCGUCGUCAUCGCCGCCGCGGUCGCCUACGUCUUCAUCUACAAGCGCAAGAAGGCGCCCGAGAAGAAGCGGUUCAGCGCUGUCGUCGACCACCGCAUGUCCAUGAUCUCGCAGGGCACGUGGCAGCCUCGUCCAUCCAUGGCGGCGUCUCGCCCCGGCUCGAUGCACCCGUCGCACCGCCCGUCCGGCUCCUACUCGGGCGCCAACCGCGGCUCGUACUUCGCCAAUCCGGACCACCGCCAGUCGACCUACUCGUACGCCGGCUCGGGCGUCGGCGUCCCGUCGCCGCUGCGUCCGCCACCGCCCGCCGAGAUGCGCCAGACGGGCCAGGGCGAGCGCAACAGCCGCGUGUCGUUCGCCGCCGGCGAGAUGAUGCACAAGCCCCGCCCGUCGUUCGCCAGCGGCACCCGCUCGUCGAUGCACCAGAGCCAGCUGCGCCACUCGGCGUUCCUCCCUGGCGGCGAGGGCGGCGAGCCCCUGCCGGCGUCGACGUCGCCGCAGCACUCGCCGCAGCUGUCGCGCUCGGCCGGCCCGACGUUCGGCUCGAGCGGCGGCAUCCUCGCGCGCUCGGGCUCGUCGUCGCUCAGCCUCGCCGUCACGGCUCCGGAAAGCGGCGGCGACUACCUGUCGCACUCGGGCACGCGCGAGGAGCUCGCGUCGCCGUCGCCGUCGAGCGGGUCGCUCGCAUCCUUCUCGCGCCCGUACGGGCACGCGCCCAAGCCGAGCGUCACGAGCUCGCUCCGCCACGAGCUUAACGGCAUGCCCUGGGCGCACGGCGGCGUCCCGGGCUCGGGCGACCGCACCCCGCCGGCCUCGUCGGCCGCCGACCCGUUCUCGACCGCCCAGCACCCGCGCACGUCGCCCUCGUCGUCGCUGCGCCCCAAACCCUCGCUCGCGAGCCUCUCGACCGAGUCGCUCGCGCUUGCGCCGCCAGUCUCGACCUCGACCAUGCCCCGCGCGUUCGGCUCGUCGACGGCGCGCGAGAGCCGCAUCCUGUCGCCCGACGAGGCGCUCGCGUCGUACGCUCGCGACGUGACGAGCCCGACGCCUUCGGCGUCGCAGCAGCGCGGCGCGGCAAAGGGCGGCCUGUCGUGGCCGGGCAAGCUCCUGCGCAGCUUCACCGGCGGGAGCAUCGCAGGCGUCCUCUCGUCGGGCGGCGGCGGCAAGGACAGGGCGGCGUCUCGGUCGGGCAGCAGGGGCGACAAGGACGCGCACGACGACGUCGACGAGAAGCGCGAGCGGGCCCGGAGCCCGUUCGAGGACCCGGUCGAGCGCGACGAUGAGGACGACCGGCGGCGGCGUCCGGUGUCGGCGCACGUCCUCGACGACGAGCACCUGUCGGUCCUCGCCGCCGGGGCGAGGGACUUUGGGUCCGAGGGCUCGCAGGAAUCGCUCAUCGACGAGAAGGGCGGGCUCGGGCGGGCCAUGUGA